AUGCGCCAACUCAGCUAUUUUCACUUUUUUUUGUUUUUCGCCCUCCUGAACCCGUCGAUAAAAUUAACAAGGAGCUUCAGUUUCUACCACAACUUGGAACACGCGAGCGCCCCCACGCACCUGAAGAAGAAGCCCAGCAUGGUGUACGACCUCAUAGUCAUUGGAGGCGGCAGUGGCGGCAUGGCCGCGGCUAGACGAGCAGCCAGGAACAAGGCCAAAGUUGCACUCGUGGAAAAGGCUUACCUUGGAGGCACCUGCGUGAAUGUCGGCUGCGUGCCAAAGAAGAUAAUGUUCAACGCGGCGUCUAUCCAUGACAUCUUAGAGAACUCGAGGCACUACGGAUUCGACACACAAUUCAGUUUCAACCUUCCGUUGCUAGUCGAAAGGAGAGACAGAUACAUACGAAGAUUGAACGAUAUUUAUAGGCAAAAUUUGAAGAAGGAUAAUGUGGAAUAUUUUGAAGGGAAAGCAAGCUUGCUCAGCGAAAAUAAAGUCUUAAUAAAAAAAGUGAAGAACAAAGGUGAUGUCGAGGAAGACUUAGAUGUAGGAGACGAUGAUGAAGUGAUCGAAGGAAAAAAUAUCCUUAUAGCAGUCGGAAAUAAACCAGUAUUUCCAAAUGUGAAAGGAAUCGAACAUACCAUUUCGAGUGACGAUUUUUUUAAAAUAAAAGAAGCCAAAAGGAUAGGAAUUGUAGGCAGUGGAUACAUAGCAGUGGAGCUCAUUAACGUCAUCAGGAGAUUAGGAAUCGAGUCCUACAUCUUUGCUAGAGGAAACAGACUUCUCAGAAAAUUUGACGAAACAGUUAUUAACGAAUUAGAAAAUGACAUGAAAAAAAAUAACAUCAAUAUUAUUAACCAUGCAAAUGUAGAAGAAAUCGAAAAGGUGAAAGAAAAUAAUUUAACCAUUUAUUUAUCAGAUGGAAGAAAGUACGAGCACUUUGAUUACGUGAUUUACUGUAUUGGUCGAUCUCCUAAUACAAAGGACCUAAAUUUACAGGUGGUCAACAUCAAAACUGAGAAGGAUUACAUUCUUGUGGAUGAUAAUCAAAGGACAAACGUGAAACACAUUUAUGCAGUAGGUGAUUGUUGCAUGGUGAAAAAGAAACAAGAAACUGAAGACCUGAAUUUACUCAAACUUUACAAUGAAGAGGUGUACUUAAAGAAAAAGGAAAACGCUUCUACAGACUCCUAUUUUAAUGUGCAACUGACCCCGGUGGCUAUUAACGCUGGAAGGUUACUAGCCGAUAGACUGUUCCUGAACAAGUCUAGAAAAACGAAUUAUAAAUUAAUACCCACUGUUAUUUUUUCUCAUCCCCCAAUUGGAACCAUCGGAUUUUCAGAACAGGAAGCUAAUGACAUAUAUGGCAAGGAGAAUGUGAAAAUUUACGAGUCAAGAUUUACAAACUUGUUUUUUUCUGUCUAUGAUAUGGACCCUGCACAGAAGGAGAAGACUUACCUUAAAUUGGUUUGCGUUGGUAAGGAGGAGUUAAUUAAGGGUCUUCACAUUAUCGGACUCAAUGCGGAUGAAAUUAUACAAGGCUUUGCCGUCGCCUUGAAGAUGAACGCCACGAAGAAGGACUUCGACGAGACCAUACCCAUACACCCCACGGCUGCGGAGGAGUUCCUCACCAUGCAGCCCUGGAUGAAGUGA